CAUUCACCGAGCACUUUAAUUUAACUUGCUAUUUAAUAAGACACUUCAUUUUAAAAGUCAUCUAUCUAUCUACAGGUCUUCAAUACACAUUGUGCCAUAUGAUGAAGUUUUGUUGUUCGAUUGUUAUCAUCCUCUGCACACUUGGUGUGUCUCAUGGCGGCAUUCUUUCUGGAAAAUGCCGAACGUCAAAUGGUACAUGCGGAAGAAGAGGUUUCGCGUGUAAUGAGACAUUGGGGUCAGGGUGGAAACAGUAUGGCAAAUGCUGCAAUGAAAGACCAUGUUGCAAAUAUAUAAGAGAUUGUAGCGAUCUUCCAAAGGAUUCCCGAAAUGGUAUCUACAGGAUUAAACCAGACCAUGCAGAAGAAUUCGAUGUUUAUUGUGAUAUGAAAGUUGAUCAUGGUGGUUGGACUGUUAUACAAAGAAGAGAGAGUGGUGAUCUUAAUUUCAUUGAAGGAUGGGAAAAAUACAAAACAGGAUUUGGAAAACUUAAACGCGAAUUUUGGUUAGGGAAUGACAAGAUUCACACCUUGACGUCACAAGGCAGAUAUGAACUGCUUAUAGGUCUCGUUGACUUUGACAACAAUCAAGCUCAUGCUAAAUACAAACAUUUCUACAUCGGGAAUGAAACGUCUAAGUACAAAAUCAAUGUUUACGGUUACAGUGGUAGUGCUGGGGACAGCUUGAACUACCACAAUGGAAUGCCUUUCACUACCAUUGACAGAGACAAUGAUCCAUAUAUAGAUAAGAACUGUGCCGCACUUUCAAAUGGUGCAUGGUGGUUUAGAACCUGUUUCCAUAGUCAUCUCAAUGGAAUAUUUUUCAACAGGACGCCAUCAAACCAUUGGGGGGGAAUUAUUUGGAAAGACUGGAAAGGUUUUCAUUAUUCACUGAGAGCUACUGAAAUGAUGAUUCGAAGACUGUAAUAGCAAAACGGGAUAUUGGAAAAAGACUUACCAUGUAUUAUGGGACAACAAAUUAAAUGAAACUGAUAUUUUGUUCUUUUGACUUCUAAAAUGAAUGAUUAUUGAAUUAUAAGUAAAAUACUGCAAUCAAUAAAAAUA